AUGCUAGACACUAGCCCUUCCCUACCGUUCCCUACCCCUUGUCACCCCUCUUCCACCUCCCGUUCAUCUCUGCACCCUGUCUGCCUCCAUCUGCCAGCUGCCACCCCAAACAUUCGCCCUCCACCCAUUCUUGCCGCCCCCUUAGUUCUUGCCACCCGCUUCUUUCUUGCUGCCUGCUUCGUUCUUGCCGUCCGCUUCUUUCUUGCCGUCCGCUUCUUUCUUGCCGUCCGCUUCUUUCUUGCCUGCACUUUUGUCGGUCUCCCUCCCGCGUUGCCUCCAUCAACCUUUCACGAUGUCGCCCUCUCUCUUCUCGCUCUUCGCCCUCUCUCUUCUCGCUCUUCGCCCUCUCUCUUCUCGCUCUUCGCCCUCUCUCUUCUCACUCUUCGCCCUCUCUCUUCUCACUCUUCGCCCUCUCUCUUCUCGCUCUUCGCCCUCUCUCUUCUCGCUCUUUGCCCUCUCUCUUCUCGCUCUUCGCCCUCUCUCUUCUCACUCUUCGCCCUCUCUCUUCUCGCUCUUCGCCCUCUCUCUUCUCGCUCUUCGCCCUCUCUCUUCUCACUCUUCGCCCUCUCUCUUCUCGCUCUUCGCCCUCUCUCUUCCCCGUCCCACUACCCCAUCCUUCUCCUCUAG